CGGCUCCCCGGCAUUUAAAGGGGACGCGGCGGCGGGCGGGGGGGGAUGGAGGGCAGGUGGAGGGUACGGCCCAGACGCACAUCAUCCACGGCCCUUCGGGACCGGAGGGACUCGUGAGCCGGACCCCAGAAAUCCGGGGGUGGAUAAGACACCGCGUCCCCUCCAAUUCCCGUAAGCACCCCUGGCUCCAUCCUGAGCCCAAAUAUCUCAGCUAGCCCCUCUCCCCACUCUUUACUCUCCAAACUCAGCCGGGACAGACCUCUACCGCCGCCGCUCCCGACGAGCUCUGGACGACGGCUAGAGGCCAACAGAGUCCCUACAGGUGGUGCUCAGGGUGAUGUACCAACAAUGAGCGGGUGUUUUCCAGUUGCUGGCCUCCGAUGCCUGUCUAGGGUCUUGGAUGUGCCAGCGCCUCUGGCUGUGGCCCGCUAACAAGCCUCUCCCGGGCCGGCAACCGCCGCGCCCGCUCUCGCUUGCUCCCUCCUCCUCCUGCUGCUCUUCUCCCCCCUGCUCCCAGGACGGCGGGAUGGCUGCGCAGGGCGCGCCGCGCUUCCUCCUGACCUUCGACUUUGAUGAAACUAUCGUGGACGAAAACAGCGACGACUCGAUUGUGCGCGCCGCGCCGGGCCAGCGACUGCCCGAGAGCCUGCGUGCCACUUACCGCGAGGGCUUCUACAAUGAGUAUAUGCAGCGCGUUUUCAAGUACCUGGGCGAGCAGGGCGUGCGGCCGCGGGACCUACGCGCUGUCUACGAGGCCAUCCCCCUGUCGCCGGGCAUGGGCGACCUGCUGCACUUUGUGGCCAAGCAGGGUGCCUGCUUCGAGGUGAUUCUCAUUUCGGAUGCCAACACCUUUGGCGUGGAGAGCGCGCUGCGCGCCGCGGGCCACCUCAGCUUGUUCCGCCGCAUCCUCAGCAACCCGUCCGGGCCCGACGCGCGGGGGCUGCUGGCACUGCGGCCCUUCCACACUCACAGCUGCACGCGCUGCCCUGCCAACAUGUGCAAGCACAAGGUGCUCAGCGACUACCUGCGUGAGCGGGCCCACGAAGGCGUGCACUUCGAGCGCCUUUUCUACGUGGGCGACGGCGCCAACGACUUCUGCCCCAUGGGGCUGCUGGCCGGUGGCGACGUGGCCUUCCCGCGCCGCGGCUAUCCCAUGCACCGCCUCAUCCAGGAGGCGCAGAAAGCCGAGCCCAGCUCCUUCCGAGCCACCGUGGUGCCCUGGGAGACGGCCGCCGACGUGCGCCUCCAUCUGCAGCAGGUGCUGAAGACGUGCUGAGACGGCGGCCUGCAGGGGGCGCUCCGGAGAAGAAGGGAGCGAGGAAGUGGGGGAUCGGGAAAGACAACCUAGUUUUAUAACUCCCUUUUCCCUUUCGCUUUGGUAUGUCCCUCGGGGAAUUUCUAGAAUUCCGAGCUCGUCCACUUGGAGGCUGGGGGAGGGAGGUCGGAGCCGUCCCUAUCUAUGCAGUUAACACAGCUCCGCUGCCUCCCCCAGAUCCAAGGCAAAUAGUCAUUCUGGAGUCUGGCCCAGCCGGGGUGGUGCGCUUACCGGGGAAGGCAGCAGCGUUUCCAAAAACCUCGUCCUAGUAACUGGGAGGAAGGAGUUCCCUGGCAGGGGAUUGAAGGAACAUCUCCCAUGGCUUUAACUGCUGCCUGGGGCAGAGUAACCGCCCCUCCCCCAGUCUCGGGUCGGGGAGUCCCAGGGCCUGAAAUCAUCUCUGUUGUACUGGACACCCCAUGGAGAGAAAUGAUGCUCUCCACCGAUGGCCCCAGGCCUAGAUCUUGCUUCACCAACUGAGACUCCACACUACACCCCCUUUCUUCUUGUCACCCUCCACCGCCCACCCCGUCAGCAUCCCCAAAAGAAAAAAAGCCAGAGGGGACAGUUGCCUCUUGGUGGUGGAACAAGGUAGCACACUGUCCGGCUCAGGUCCAGCCAGCCAGGGACCUCACAGCGUGCCACGGUGUCUCCUCUCACCCCAACCUUGUCUAUGCAGCAAGAGACCAGGGACUUAACCAAAGUCACCCCCGCGGGCUGGGCCCUCUGUGCCCCCCUUCUCCCGUGUGGAACAGAAAGCCAUGAUGUUUUCAAUCAGAGCCAGUGAAACCCUAAC